AUGAUGUUUUUGAUAGUUGAAACUAUUCCCACGAAAGGCUCUGAGCAUCCCCAGGUAGCUUCCGUCACCUCGGGCACCAUCCUCAUCGCCCUCAGCACCAUCACCUCUUCCCUCCUCGUCACUAGUGUGUUGUCCGUGCCGUCGCAAAACCCUGUCACCUAUGAAUGCGUGUAUGGCCUUGAGCUCGCCAAGAUGAAGAAAAAUGAAGCCGAGGAGGAGGCCAAAAAGGGAAAGGAACCCGCCACCGAGGAGGAAAGCAGCUUGAUAAUAGGCGACACGCAUACGUGGACCAAACACCUGAAAAUUGAAACGAAGGUGAUUCGGGUGAACAACAAAGUCGAUGGCGUACAUUUACGUCUUCAUAAGAUGGAAAGCAAACAGGAAUCGUGGCAGUCCGAUCCAGAGAAGAACAGAGAGAAGCUGAGGCAGCAGACUGAUAACGCCGGUCCGGGUGUGGCGGAUCUACAACCAACUGCAACAAAGUACUACCACUGCAUCGGAUUCGGACAGUGUGCCCUCAUUUUGAAAGACCAGGAAGAGAAUACGUGGUCAAACUCGAAGUUCAGAAUAGAUGCUUAA